AUGCCUGCCACAAUUUUGCUGCUCAGUCUGACCCUUAACUUGGUCCUCCUCGGCUCCUCCUGGGGCUGCGGCAUUCCUGCUAUCAAGCCGGCACUGAGCUUCAGCCAGAGGAUUGUCAACGGAGAGAAUGCAGUGUCGGGCUCCUGGCCCUGGCAGGUGUCCCUGCAGGACAGAAGCGGCUUCCACUUCUGCGGGGGUUCCCUCAUCAGCCAGUCUUGGGUGGUCACUGCUGCCCACUGCAAUGUCAGCCCUGGCCGCCACGUUGUUGUCCUGGGCGAGUACGACCGAUCAUCCAAUGCUGAGCCUUUGCAGGUCCUGUCCAUCUCAAAGGCCAUCACGCACCCUUUCUGGAACCCCACCACCCUAAACAAUGACCUGACACUACUGAAGCUUGCCUCCCCUGCCCGGUACACAAAACGCGUCUCACCAGUCUGCCUGGCUUCCCCAGAUGAGGCGCUGCCUGCAGGCUUCAAGUGCGCCACCACUGGCUGGGGACGCCUCAGCGGCGUGGGCAAUACGACCCCAGUGCGCUUACAGCAGGUGGCUCUGCCCCUGGUCACCGUGAAUCAGUGCAGGCAAUACUGGGGCUCACGCAUCACCGACUCCAUGAUCUGUGCAGGCGGCGCAGGGGCCUCCUCAUGCCAGGGAGACUCCGGAGGCCCUCUCGUCUGCCAGAAAGGGAACACAUGGGUGCUUACUGGCAUCGUCUCGUGGGGUACCAGCAACUGCAACGUGCGCCAGCCUGCCAUAUACACUCGGGUUAGUAAGUUCAGCACCUGGAUCAACCAGGUCACAGCCUACAACUAAGCCUACCACAGGCCCUCUCCCCACCUCAAUCCAAUAAAGACCCCAUGCUCUGUCCUCUUGUGUAUUCUUGUCUGUCCUUUCAAGGGAAAGGAGAGACUCUCGGGAGUCCCCCUCCCCACUUGGGACUCUGACUUCUGGCAUGGCAGAUGUUGAGUCAGAUCUUCCUAGAGUAGCCAUGCCAAGGCCAGGCCCCCCAUCUCUCCUCUUCCUAGGUAACCCCCUGGUCCACAGCAAGGAGCCUGGGCUGUCAGAAUGGAUGGGGAGCCUUCCCUGGGGAGGGCAGCCUGUUUAUUGAAUACAGAGGAUACAUUUACAACCGGGGUACACAAAAUAAAUAACUGCACAUUCUCCAGCCAUGGUCCAUGGCAUAAAGGCCCAAUCUCCAAAUGCCC